AUGUUUAUUAAAGCCAUUCAUUCUUCAGAAUAAGAAGUUGGUCGCAACGUUAGAAGGUAAGUUUCAUCUUUAUGGCAACUUUAGUUCAAAAAAGAAAUAUCUAUGGAAGUUCUCAAUAGAUAAUGUUGAUCAAGAAAUAGCCCUUUUUAUUUCAUCACUUUCAGGCAAGAAAGAAGUUAGACAUAAUGGGAGACCUAUUCAUUAAGAAUCUAGGUAAAACUUUUUCCAUAUCAUUUAUUUUCAGUUUUUUUGGUGAUUUUAGAUAUCUACAUUACAUUUAAAAGUGUCUUGUAACUAUUGCCCCCAGAUUCGAUUCAUAUGAACUUUAUUUGGAUAAUAUUCCUUUUGCUGAAUAUUACAAUACCCGCAACAUAAAUCAAAGUCAUAAUCCUCAAAAUAGACCUUUAAACAAUGAUGAUGGUGAUUAGUAUGAUCUUAGUCCUCUAAAAGAUCCAGAACCGCCAAAAAAAAUAUCAUAAGAUCAAUUAUAGAAACUUAAACUAACUGUGCCUAAUGAACAAACAAACAUAACUUCAAAUAAAACUGUCACAAAAUAAUAAGAACUUUGGUGGAAAUAAGGAGUUAAUGAAGAGUUUGCCAAUUUUAGUACACCUUCUACUAAUGGAACAGACAAUUAUUUUGGCAACUUUGGUUUCACAUUUGAUACCCCCUAAAAAGAAUCUAAAAAAUCAACUUAAUAAAAUCAACAACAAAAUAAUCACAAUUAAAAUGAAAAACCUAAUCCUUUCUUUGAAUUUAAUUAGAAUUCUUGGAAUGUACAAUCAUAACCGUAAAAUAAUUGUAAUUUUGGUUGCACUCAAUAAUCAUCUCAAAUUAAGCCAUUACAGUCACCAUAAUAAUAUUCAGAACCAAAACUUCCUAGUAAAACAGAAUAAUAAUAUAAUAAUAUGAUUACACCGUAAAUAUUAAACUAAUAAAAUCAAAAUCAAUUAUUUAAUUAAUAUAAUUUUAGUAAUCAAUAAUAAUAAUCAUAAUAAUUAAUAUAAUAGCAAUAAUAAUAAUAAUAAUAAUAAUAAUAAUAAUAAUAAUAAUAAUAGUAAUCAUAAUAGAUUCAAUAAUAGUAAUAAUAAUAUUAAUAAUAAUAAUAGUAAUAAUUUUAAUAAUAAUAAUCAUAAGUAUUCAAUUUUUAAACUACACAACCAUAAGUUAGAUAAUAAUAAUAAAUUGAUUUAUUGGAUCUUUUUGAAUCUUGUUAACCUUAAAAAAAUAACACAAUCUAAUAAUAAGAAUUUAAAAAGAGUCCUUCUUAAGCUUCUAUUAUGCCACUUUAAAUUUAAUCUUAGAUUACACCUAUAUAAUUACCAAUAUAAUAAAAUCAAAUUUUAACCAAUCAAUUUCCUAAUCAUUUAAAUUAUUAAUCAUAAUCCUAAUAUUCAAAUUAAACUUAAUCCACAUAUCCAUAGUAUCGAACUAUAUAGUCAUUAACACCUUUGACAUCUUCAUAUUAAUAAACACAAAAGCAGAUGCCAAAAGAAUUAGAAGAUAUGUUUGAUUAACCAGCAUAAGUUGUUUAGCCACCAAUUUAAAGAAGAUCAACACCAUUUGAUGAUGAUUUGUUUGCAUGA